AUGUCUUCCAGUGGAGACACUCCCUCUGUCAUGUCGCUCGACGACGACGAGCCUCUUCACCGAGUGCCUGAAGGCUACUACGUCGGGAUCGAGUGCCCAAACGAAGAGGAACGGUUCACUUUCACUUGUCCCUACAUUGACUGCGAUGGUCCUUACGCGUGCGGGCAGUGUUAUGUGCACUUUGCUGCUCUGCCUGCACUCCAACGACAUGCUAAAGCAAGCAAGCACAACAUGCUGUGGGUUUGUGAGGAUGAAGACUGCGAGAUGGUCGGAGAAGCUUUUGAGACAAAAGACCUCUUUCGCGGGCAUGUCCAAAAGUCAAGUGGCCACAAGGACUGGUCUGCGGAUGAGACUGCAGAUGAUAACGACUCGGUGUUCACACCGUCCCUCCUCAACUCUGGUCAUCAGAGCGCAGAAGAUGAUGUUUUUGGGCCCUCUACCGCAGAUGGAAAUAUCUGUAAUGAGCCCUGUUGCAAACACUACGGUACGGAUUACAAGUACAAGUCCGAGUUCAACCGUCACGCAGACACAGGCGCUCACCGAAUUGCCACGAAUCUGAACAGGGUCUUGCUCUCGACUGUCCCUACUGUCUCCGCGCUCCGGGCCGAGCAGGAAGGUCUUCGUUCUUUCCGCUGCACUUCUCGUCUCUGCCACCGCCACGGGGAAGUCUUUAGUACAGCAAAAUCAUUCUUCAACCACCUGAAAGACGACGAACAUCGCGACGGGUGGUAUGUCAAAUUCGACCUGGGGUUUACCGACGCGAACGAAUCAGACGAGGAAGUCUGGAAGAAGAGCGCGGUACAUGGCAUGGAGGUUGCGGAGGAUGGAUUACUCUGGAAGUGCACUAAACAGGGCUGCAAGAAGUUUAACGUUGUCAUUAAAGGGCUUGGGAAUGCCAAGAGUCACUACAGCUCUGAUACUCACAUCAUGGCUGCGGAGGAAAUCGUCACUUCAUCCGACGAGUCCGUGGAACAUAUCGAAGGCAUGGAGUCCUUGAGAGACGGCGACGGCUGGAGGUGCCUCAAGCGCGGUUGCCGAAAAUUCAACAAAUUAUUCUCUCAUCUGGGCAAUGCCAAAAAGCACGCUAUAGGUGACAGCCAUGCCUUGGCCGAGGAGCCCGACUCUGCAGACGAGAAUCUCGACGGGCUGGAUUAUUCAAUGGAGGAAGGCGUCUGGACUUGCGUUAAGCCUGGCUGCAAGCGAAUGAACUCUACCUAUCAGCAUCUCACCAGCGCCCGAAAGCAUGCCAGUGCCAACAUUCAUGCUCUAGCUGAGGAACCUGCGGAGGAAAUCGUGGAGGACAUCGAGGGCAUGGUGGCUUUGGACGAGGGAAGUGCUUAUAUGUGCAUCAAGUUCGGCUGCAAAGGAUCAAGCAAAGUCUACUCCAACGUCCGCUCUGCCAAGUUGCACGCGAACGCUAGACCUCACAUGAGGGCUGGCGAGGUUUCAGCUUUCAUGCCCAGUCAGUUCAACAUGGACUUGUUCGCAACCCCGACGCGAACUCCGCGGAACCUACUGCUCACGCCCGUAGAGGCAGAGGAGUCGACCAUUGUCGUCACCCCGGGAAGCCCCUCUGCUGGUCGUGGAACCAACCCUGCGGGCCCAGGCGCACAAAACAAUACCUCUGCUCGGACUGUGAAGACGAUUCGACUGCGAGGGCCUUCGAUCAAUAAGCAGGAAGAGCUUGAGAGAAAAAACCUAGAGCUAGAAAGUCGGGUCGCCAAGCUAGAGAUGCAGAUUGGUCAGGUCCUUGGUUUACAGAGUCCUCCAAUCCAGAACAAUGCACGCUAUCAGAACCCCGAGGUUUAUCAGAAUUCUCAAGUUUACCAGAACUCCCUGGUUCUUCAGAGUUCUCAGGUUCAGCAGAGUGCCCAGGUUUACCAGAGUGCGCAGUUGUUUCAGCAGAUGCCUGAGGCUCCUCUUGAGACUACAUGCCCUCCUGAGACUACAUGCGCUCGUGUAGAAGGUUUAUCCAAGUUUGUGCGGGCACCGUACCGUCCUAAGAUGUCAAUGCCCGUUGACGAGGAUGAACUGUAA